GCCCUGCCUUAUUAAAACGUCGCCUCUUUCUGUUCCGUUAACCUCACAUUUUAAUUUUAAGAGCACAGACGUUACAGCACAGUGAACUUUAAAACCAAACUGCUUAGUGAAUCCUGAGGGAAUAUGAAGCUGGCACUGGCACUUGGCAUUGCAGCCGUCCUUGGAAUCAUACAGUACAAUGGCGGUGAAUGUUCCAAAAUUGUUGGUGGAGUUGAGGUGAAACCACACUCGAGACCUUUCAUGGCCUUUUUUUCCGAUGGAUGUGGCGGGGCUUUGAUUAAAGAGGAUUGGGUGCUCACAGCUGCCCACUGUUUCGAGUGUGAUGAACAUGUGGUGCUUGGUGGUCAUUUUGUUGCUGGACGUGAAAAACAGCAGCAGAGGCUUCUGAUCUCUAACAUAGUCAUGUACCCCGGAUACAGCUAUAAAACUAAUGACAAUGACAUCAUGCUCAUUCAGCUAAAUAGAAAAGCCACACUGAAUAAAUAUGUUAGUCUCCUUGAGCUGCCUGCUUCUGGUGAGGAUGUGAAAAAUGGGGAGAUAUGCACAGUAACUGGAUGGGGCGACACCCAGUCUUCCGAAAACAUGUUGACAGUUCUCAGGGAGGUUAAUGUCACGGGUGUAAGCAGAGAAACUUGCAACACCCCUGACUACUACAAUGGAAGAAUAACUGAAAACAUGUUUUGUGCUGGGGAAAAGCUUGGAGGAAAAGAUUCUUGUCAGGGGGAUUCUGGAGGCCCAAUCAGGUGUAGCGGAAUCUACAGAGGGAUUGUGUCAUUUGGUGACGGUUGUGCCCUCCCGGAGAAACCUGGUGUCUACACUCUUCUAACUGAUGAACACCUGGAUUGGAUUAAAAAAACAAUAUCUGCUUGAACAAUAAUUCUUUUUAUGAAUUCAGAAUCAUGUUAUGCUUUUCUUUCUUUUGUGUGCUAAAUUUCAUAGUUUAAAUGCAGUGAACAUAUCUUAUAAGACCAGAAAACAACUUCAAAAACACUCACCCUGUAAGGUCAUCCAUUUAAAGAUCAUAACUAAUAAUAUGUUCACAUUUGCUUGUGAUUUAUUUGUCUAAGUCUGUCAACUGCAAUACAUAAAUAGCAUUAAUCUUUUUUGCAA